UCGAUUUUGUAGUAAUCCUCCUCGCGAUUGCGAAAUGUUGCAAGGGAUAUCUUCCUGCGUUUUAAGUAAAUAAACAACAUCGUAAUGUCUUUUGUUUAAGGUGAUAAUAAUAGGUUUGAUGUCAUUCGUCAUUUUGUGCAAAAGGGAAAAGCAUUGAGUCGGCAAUGGGGGUCAACUUUUACUGCAAGUCCAGUCAAUAAAUGGCACCUCUAUAAACUGGAAGCGUUACCUUUUGAUGUAGUUUAUGUUUACAUGUUUAUUCAUUUUUUAUCAUAACUCAAUACGCUCAGUUGAAACAAAUCUAAAACACUACACUUCCCCAUAAUGAAUAAAUGUACCAACUUUGACCAUAAUUUUUCUGGACAGUGGCAAGAUACUCAUAUAACCGCUAAUAAACUAAGGGACUCUUCAAGUCGAUACUAAGUAAGAGCAUGAAGUACCCACAGUUGGUAUCCAUGCCCUCAGAAAUUUCAGACUGGCUCGAGGAACAAUUGGAAGCACGUGGAAUUGACGCAGUCAUAUACACUCGUUAUGUCAUAAGUCUCUUGAAUCGUGAUUCCGUGGACAUUGCUUAUCCUGAUCAAGAUUUGAAUUUCGCGCAUCUCAAUCAGGAAGUGAGGCGCUCAGGCAGCGGUCGUAAACGUUUUCGCUGCUUUUCAGAGUGGCGCGAAUAUGCGGAACGGCUGAAGCGCUCGGCUGCAAUCGAGUGCCUUAUGUCCGCUGCUGAUCAGAGUAUUGGAAUAGAAUCAUUAGUGGACGAGUUGUGUGAAAAACUGAAGGAAGUUAAUAACGAUUCCAGUAUCAAUCCUGCAGUGCCAGGUUCCAAUCAAACUUUGGAUUUCCAGAACAUCUCGCCUCAGGAUUUAGCAAGAAAGUACUACGCCGCUUUUCCACCGCUAAGUCAUCGCCACGCAUCGCAAACUCCGAGCAAAUUAGUAACUUUAAUACCAAAGUGUUUUACAUCGCCAAAGAAAAAAGGAGCAAGAAGGCAGAAUAGAUCAUCCAGUUUUGAUGAUAAGUUGCACUACAAGGUAGAGAGCGAUAGUAUGAAAUCAUGUAAUAGUGCGAAACAACGCUUGGGGUAUUUUAGUAGAAGCCGAAACGAUCUAGGGUAUACGCGAAGUAUGGCCAAGUCAGUGGAGAGAUCUGAGAGCAUGACCGAUUGGGAUCUGUUCUUGUUUAAAAAUAACACAAAAAAUAAGUUGGGCCAUAAAUCUGACAAAUAUAUUGUGGAAGAAAAACUAGCACUGGUGGAGAAUAAUGGCAUAUCCAAGAAACCUACGAAAUUAGAAGAGAAUCGAAAUUUAUGGCACGAUGAAGACAGUAUGAAUAUAUGUGACGAUUUACCUGUGGACAUACUGGAACUGUUAGAAUCUCCAAGCCCUAUGGAAAUGAUGAAUUUGGCAAAUAUGAGAAAUGUUAGCAAUCAAAACUUUAUUCAAUGUGGAACUAACAUUACAAGCUCCAUUUGGACUUUUGAUGCUGACACCACAAUGUUUGAUAACACUUACAAUUCGGUAUUAGAUAAAGAUCAUUCGGAAACUGUGCUUGGAAUGAAAUUUAAGUCUUUAACUGUUGGCAACAAUAGCAUUGAAAGUAUUUGGUCCAAUUCUGACGUUGCUGAAAAUGAAACAAAUAUGUUUGUCGAACAAUGUAAGAGAUCGUCUGCAAAUUGCAUGGAUUUCUCUAGUAAUAAUUUGUGGAACACGGUCUCUGGAAUGGAAAAGUUCGAAAAGUGGUCAGAAGCUGAGUAUUUCGACGAGCAUUAUUUACAAAACGUAUCCAGAAGCCUUAUAAAAUUGAACCACAGUAGAGAGGAAAGUUCGUUUAUGGAGGUCGUGCCAAAAUCAGGUCCCAACUUAUUUAACAAAACAUCUAAUGUGACACAUUUGCUGAACCAAAGUAAAAGAUCCGAUACUGAAAAGGAAGAGGACAACUUGCUCACUUCGGUGAAUAGUCAUUUUCGACCUAUUAAUUCCGUUAGCAGUUUAAAUGACCAUCGCAAUAGAAAGCAGUAUGCCGAUGGCACAAGUUUCGUUAUUUCGGGAAGUUUGGAUAAUCCCAACUACAAAAGGAGCGAUAGCGGUUCACAGUAUCUCGAGUCGGAUUAUGGUUCUCCUAAAAAAUUGCUCGACUAUAAGGGUCCGAUUGAUAAGUCUGCGAAAUCGGCAUUGGUUUUGAAAUUUUUUGUUCAUCAGAAUGAUAAAGCUUGUCAAACGGACAAUCUAGAUUCUCUUGAUAUGAUGGAUACUGAAAAUAUACAAGAGGUUCCUUACAAAAAAAGAGUGGUUAGUGAAAGAGAAGAAUUUUUCUUUCCCGGUGACGAAGAGAUUCUAGAUAAUGAACAAAAAUUUAAAUCCAAACAACCAGGCUACGAUAUACUGACACUGAAUCUUCCUUUUUCCGAUAAUUUUGCAAACGAAUCGCAGGAAAUGGUAUCGCAUAAUAAAAUGGCCAAGGUGUGGAGUGAAACUAAAUGUGAUAAAUGUGACGGUGGUAAAUCCUUAUGGAAUAGCAAUUGGGCAAAAGCGGAUUUGAUAGAAAGUCCCUGGAAAGUGGAUAAGGAGGUCUUGGAAAAUAUAUGGAACGGAGGUGAAGUGUGUUCUCAUUGCUUGGAUUUAAAUGGAAGACGUCCGCCGUUAAGUAUGCAACAAUCGCAACUACGUGAAGAUAUCAGUCAAGAUGGAGAACAGUUACUGUCCGACUUGAGUUCUUUACAAAAGUCAUACAUGGAACAAUUGCCGACGGCCGAAAUAAGUUACGACAUAUCGGAAUUAAUAGCCGGUCCGAAAGAACGCAAGAGGAGACAUUCCCCCACGAUAGAAGCGGCCAAAAAUGCCGUACCUGUCCAUCGUGGAUCGUGGAGCUUAACUUCACAUAUAAAACACGACCGAUUUAUGCAGAUGACGUCUAUCCCUGUUCUACACUCCGUUACUCUAUAGGGAGAUUGAGUUAGUUAAUUAGAUUGCACGGUGUAUCCUCUUGGUGUGAUAUGCAUGAUUGCAAUCGCACCCUCUAUUGCUAAUUGAGCAACUGCCAUAUAUGUUUAAGUGCAGAUUAAAACAAGGCUGGUUUCCAGCAUUAUUGAGGAACACCCGUGUGUUAUUAUGUUUGAGUUCUUUGUGGAGUUGCUGAAUUAAAAUUCAUUUUAAUAGCCCCUACAAGGAGCAACAAGUUACAAUGCUUAUAUCGGCAUUGUUAUUUUAAAUUGUUUAUUGUUAACACAAUUUUAUUACAUAAUUUUGAGGCCAUUAGGAAUGGUUUUAGGUUUAUUUUAAACGCAAUUUAACGAAUUAAGCACUACGUGCGUUACCACAAAUGUUUGUGUAGAAAAGAUUUGUGGAUUGCGCAUCCAUUGCAUUACAUAUUUUUGUAUCUGCGUGUAAUUACUUUAAUUGUUCAUCACACCUACCAUAUUUAAAUAUAACGGUAAUAAUCAUUGUUUUGAAAACUAGUAAAAAAAAACUAAACAUAUCAUUUUCGUGUUUUUUUGUUGUCUAGGAAUAAAUGCAGAUAUCAUUCAAAAUCAUAAUCUCAAAGUUGGAUACAUUACAAUGUGAGCUUUGAGUUUAGCUUAUUUUAUGUAAAUAAAUAACAAUAUUGUUUAAAUAAUAUUGUAAUAAGUUCAAGGAAUUUUGCAUGUUAUACCACUUUUUUGUUUUUUAGUUAACUGUUUCGUAAGCAAAUUCCUGUGUAACAUCAUUAUCUGUCUUAUUGUUGCUAUUAGAAAAUCUUAAAUGUAAAAAAAAAAAUGUUUGGGCAUUUUAGCGUAGCAUCCAAUAAGUAAAUAACAUCCGAUAGUUUCAAGAAGUUGUGGAUUAUCAAUUGGUAAUGCACAAUUUUCAUUAUUUUUCUAUGUAUUCAAAUAGAAGUGGGAAUAUUUUGUUUUCAAUUGUAGGAGCUGUUUUCCAUAAAAAUUUGGUACACUUCAAGUUAGUCAGUGAUGCCAAAGUAUUUUUUUGUAAUUAAAUUAGUUUGUCAAAAAUGUUUUUUGAAAACACACCUACAAUUGCAUAUUAGAUGACUUAGUUUAUGUAAUUUUAUCCGCGAAUUUUAAGUUUUCAAAAAAAAGAAUCAUACUAUUAGAUGAGACUUUGAAGUUUUUAGUUGUUAUUGUUGGGAUUAGGGGUAUUAUUAUUGUUUUAUCAAAAUUUUUGUUAAAUGUUAAUGUUUUGAGUUUUUGUUCAAGGUCUUAUUUAAUGAUUAAAAUCUAUGUUCAUCAUAUAAAUGUGAGUAUGCUUUGUGAAUAUGUGUGAUAGUAUGUGGGAAUGAUUUUCGUAUGUAAGUAUAUUUUAUUGCACCAUUUUAAGCUUCGAUGUGAAAGAGAAAAUGUAACUAUUGUUUCGGUGCUCGGGAAAUGUUUCACAAGCAGUUGAAUGCUUAUGCUGCAAAAUGCAAUAAUUUGUCACAUUGUGUACAAUAGUUUUCAUAUUUUGAAUUUUAUAUCGUAGAAAUUAAGUUAUUAGAAAAACAAAAUCAAUUGAAAAUGUGUGUCUGGUGCAGUAGAAAAAUGAUUGUACUAUUACAAUGAAUAGAAUAACAUAUAGAAACUAUGCAACUCCACCCAUUUAAAUUAACUCUUUUUUUAAAAUGAACUUGAAACGUUUAUAUCUAUAUUAUUUUUGUUGGAUGUUUGCAUAGUUAAUGUAUUUAUUUUAUGAUAAUUAAUGAUCGUCAGGUUAUGCGAGAUCAAAUGAAAAUCUUGCGUGUUGUCGGUCAAAACUAUUGUCCUUAUUCUGCCUUAGUAUAUAGAAUACUUAACUCUUUAUUUGAGUGCCUAUUUAAUCUAGCAUAUUUUUGACAUAUUUUUGCCUUACAGAAUCACGAGCAGUUUAUAUAUUAACAAAAGAGAAAUUAAACUUGCAUCGCCUUUGCUGCAAAUAAGAUUUGGUAGUCAUCGGUAUGAAAUCAAAGAUUGUAGGCGGUGUUUAGAUGUUGCAUGUCAACUUUGUGCCCUAAUCAAAAACUUCAGUAGUUUUAAACACUUUGCAGUUUAUAGAUUAACAAAUAA